CGUAAUCAAUUGCAGAUGGCGCCCGAUGCGGAGGAACCACAGCCAGAGCGCCGAUUUUGCGCCCUCGGCAGCCACAGACUGAGGACCCCAUGCCGAACCAUCGGCAACGAGACGUUGCGUUCCUUCGCCAAGCUGCUCAAUGAAAACAUCGACCACGAAUCCCUGGUCUGCAAGGAGUGCUACGGCCACCUAUUUGACCUCUACAUGCGGAAGGUAAACAAUGCCAAGCGGCACUUGGCCAAGAAGAUGGCCGAUAGCGUUUCGGAUGUGAGCAGCAGUCAGCCGGCUGAUUCCUCUUCAGAUCCCAGCGCCAUAAUGCCGGUGCCGCAGGGAAGGCUCCUGCUGUCCUCCAAUCUGAGCUCCAUAGCGGAUGUCUCCAGUACGAGUGGUAGAUACGACCACAACUCUAGUCAUUCCUCCGACGGCAGACCCACUACCAGUGCGGCGGCGGCCAAGAAAAGACGACGCUCGGGGGAAAGGGACGAUAAUUUGGCUCCACCGCCGCAAAGGCCGCGUUCCUCUCCCUCGACAUCCAGCGAUGACUACGAUCCCAACUCCAAUCUCAGCUUGAACGCCGUAAAUGGAACCAGAUUGCCACAUAUCCAGCCCAUCCCGAGGAGACGACCGACGCUGCACCUGAACAAGGAGUCAAUGGAUAUCUACCUGGCGGGCACCACUGGAGGUUAGCCCAAUUCUUAGUUUAUAUGUUAAAUGUUUGUGUGUUGGAAUAUGCCUGACUGACUCGACGUAAACACUGAAAUUAUCGAAUAAUUGUACUUUGUUUCCCAUGUCUUAAAUAAAUAUGUAUACGUAAUAAGUUGACCAAACCAAAUA